CACCCAGCAGAUAUUCGUGGUACGGUGCUUCUGUGAUUCCAGUUGUUUUCACAACCCCUUACUAACAAAGAGACUCAGCUGCUGUCUCUUACAUCUCCGAGUAAAUGUGGUGUGUGUAAUGCGCAACUAACGAUUUACGCUCCUGUACACCGAGCCGAGAACGAAGAGACAAAGAGUAGAAAUACACCUUGUUCUCAAGAAGAAAAAUUAAGGGGAGAGUUCGAAAAGUUUCAGACAGACUUUGACCAAACGUAUAGAGCGAAAAUGGUAUCAGCCGGACUGGAGAUCGUGGGACUCUCGCUGUGCGUAAUUGGCUCGUUCCUGGUGAUGCUUUCGUGCGGGCUGCCCAUGUGGAAGGUGACGGCUUUCAUCGAAGCCAAUAUCGUGGUGGCUCAGACAAUCUGGGACGGCUUGUGGAUGACAUGCGUGGUGCAAAGUACGGGUCAGAUGCAGUGCAAGGUGCACGAUUCCGUACUCUCCCUCGGCCACGACCUGCAGGCGGCCAGAGCGCUCACCAUCAUCUCCUCGGUGAUGGGCGUGCUGGGGCUCAUGGUUGUGAUUGCGGGGGCGCAGUGCACUAACUGUAUCCGCGCUGAGUACGUCAAAGCCCGGGUGGUGAACGCCGGAGGGGUCAUCUACAUCAUCAGUGGUGUGUUUGUGCUGGUGCCUCUCUGUUGGAUGGCCAACAGCAUCAUAUCGGACUUUUACAACCCGCAGGUACCAGCAUCCAAGAAGAGGGAGAUUGGGGCUGCGCUCUACAUCGGCUGGGCGGCCUCAGCGAUGCUGCUGCUCGGAGGAUCGCUGCUGUGCUGCUCCUGUCCCUCCAGCGGGAACUCUGGAUACUCGGUAAAGUACGCACCGACUAAGAGAGCCACGCCGAACGGGGACUAUGACAAAAGGAAUUAUGUGUAGCCUAGCUAUGCGCCUAUAACAGGCGGUGUGUAAAAGUGACCUGCAGCUUUUGAAAAACUGUUUUUUGACGGACGAUUUCUUUGCACCUGCAGUUUUUGUUUUUAGAAAUAUGAACUCUGAAAAUCAAUGGAAGCACAUGUUUUUACACUGGCCUUUCAAUGCGCUCGGACGACAAAUUCACAAAUCCUUUUUCGCAUCUACAGGAGAUUAAAAAGACUAUCAACUAUAAAAGGCAGCACACAACAAAAGAAGUAGGUCUAUCUGUGGGCUACGUGCUUUUUGUAGCCUAAGUCUUCGAAAUUAUUAUAGGCUGUUUUAAAUUCUGUACCGUUGCCAUCGAAUAUAUAGCUCUGUUCUGUUCUUUUCCUUGAUGUGAGCACACACUUACAGUAAUGAGAAUGAUUGCACCCUCACUCAUUCAAAGACCCAUUUCCUUCAGAGGAACUACGCCGACAUGUUGAGGACUCCAACAAUGUAUAAAAGCAAUAAAGACCCAAAAAGAAAAGUCUAUACAUGUUAAAGUCCCAAUAAAUCUCGGCCAGGUUUUAUUGUUGUUCAGAAGUUGAUGGCGGAGAUUUUAAAGUGUGCAGUGUGCAGUCUAAUUUUGGACCUGUGGAUUUCGAAGAGCCUGUGAUCUGUAGGUCACAACCUGAUAUCUUACAGUCCGUUAUUCGGCUGCACUGAACACCUGCAAUGUUUUUGCAUAAUCGGAAGUCUUUUCUUUUCAGAAAUUCUAGAAAUAAACUUUUGUUUUCUGUUGGUUUGUUGACGUUUGAUGUAAUGGUUCAUUAUUCCUGUAUAUGAAGAUGCCAUAUUGUGUCAUUUUAUUAAGAUUAAACUGAAUAUAUUGCCUGAAA